AAAGUGUAGAAGGCAUCAAAGUGAAAUGAGUCUUUAGGACUAUUUAAACCAUACAUAAAUUGCUCGCUUGGGUAUUUCUGUUGGAGGUGCAACUUCAACCUUUUACAUGAAGCCAUAAUCCUUUCUGUACUGUGUGCGUUUGUCGGGCAGCUUUGAUGGUCUCGCACUAACACCUACAUGUUCCUGUACAGCUCUCAGUGAAGUGCCGCCUUCUGUUCAGGUCAGAUAAUUGUCAUUCUUAUUACACAGCUCUGCCCUACCCAGAGGUUGUCUUUCCUCAUUAAAAACAAGAAGGAACAGAAACCUCUCACUGCUUUCCAUUAGAUUUGUUUGUGCUGAUACUGUCUCAGGCGGAGAAAAUGGAGGAUUAUUACUACAGUGAAUUAGAAGAUGCGUAUAAUGGAUUGGUGGAGCCAUGUUCGAUGGAGAGCAAAUUGAUGCUUGAAAACUUCCUCCAGUUAUUUGUUCACCCUAUCAUUUGUUUUGUUGGUUUUAUUGGCAAUGCUCUCGUGAUCAUGACAUACGCUCUCUACAAGCGGACCAAGUCCAUGACUGAUGUGUAUCUGCUGAACGUGGCCAUCGCUGACAUCCUGUUUGUGGUGGCACUGCCUUUGAUUAUCUACAGCGAGCAGUAUGGGUGGUCCAUGGGGAACUUGUCUUGCAAGCUUCUGCGUGGCAUCUACAGUGUCAACCUCUACAGCGGCAUGCUGCUCCUGGCUUGCAUCAGUGGAGAUCGCUACCUUGCCAUCGUACAGGCACGCCGGUCUUACCGGCUGCGUUCAAGCACUCUGCUUUACAGCCACCUGGUCUGUGCAGUAGUCUGGUUGUCAGCCCUGCUCUUGUCCCUUCCUACCUUCAUGUUUUAUGAGCGCUACCAUCCCGGCCCAUCUGAAACCUCCAUGUGGAAUGGUACUGACAGUGAAGAUGGGCCAUAUGUCUGCUUUUUUAAAUUUGAGUCAAAUGAAACGGCACGUGUGAUGAAAACUGUGGUGCCCAGCUCUCAGGUUGCAUUGGGUUUCUUCUUGCCGCUGCUGAUCAUGGGAUUCUGUUACUCAAGCGUCAUUGUCACCCUCCUUCGGGCCAAGAACUUUCAGAGACACAAGGCAGUGCGUGUGGUCCUUACUGUGGUCCUUGUGUUUGUGGUCUGCCAUAUGCCUUAUAAUAUAGCACUCUUGUUUUAUACCAUCAACAUGUUUCAAGAGCAGGAAUGCAGCUUCGAGGAGUCCAUCGGAUUGACCAUGAUCAUAACGAGAAGCUUGGCGUAUCUGCACGCUUGUCUCAAUCCCCUGCUGUACGCCUUCAUCGGGGUGAAUUUCAGAAACCACUUCCAGAAGAUCUUACGGGACAUCUGGUGCUUGGGGAAGAACUACAUGUCAGCGAGACGGUCCUCACGGGCCACCACUGAAAUUUACAUUUCCAUGCGGCGCUCUAUGGAUGGCUCGUACAAUGAAAAUGGCACUUCAUUUACCAUGUGAUUUGAAGUCUGACUGGAAAAGAAAGAAAAAAAGUCUCCCAGUUUGACUGGGAAAAUGUGAGGUUUCUGUAAAUGAUGAAUUAACUGACUUAAUCUUAUUAUUAAUCUUUUUUUUUUUUUUUUUUUUUUUUUGAGAAAUUGUCAAUUACAAACCAAAGACGGAAAUGGUUAUUCCUUGUUUCACUGUGCUAGAAGAGCAAAGUGUAAAAAGUUUUCUGUUUAUGAAUGGAUUUUGCAAUCAGUAGGCACUAUAUGUAGUACUAAUGCAGAACUUUUUUUUUUAUAUAUGUACUAUUUACCUUUUGUACAUAGAAUCUUUAACAUUGCCUAAUGUACCCAAGAUAUAAACCUUGUAAGUUUUAUCUAAAUACUAAAUAAAUUAAGCAAGAUAUUACAAAUAGUGAAGAGUGACAUUAUUAAAUAAGAUCCAGUGCUGAGAAUCAGUGAACUAUCUGAGGCUUACCAAGGUAGAUGCUCUUAAACCCUUUUGCUCACAGUUAUCUACAAAAACUAGUUCCUUCCCCCAAAACAUAUGAUAUAUCUUUUUUUUUUUUUUUACUUCAUACACCACCACAGUACUUAAUAUUUACCUUUCUAAUCAAUUAUUCAGCAACUAGUCACCAUCAAUGUAACGAUACAAAAUCAAAUGGAAAUGUAACAGUUUUUAAGGAGUCCUGCUCAUCACACCCAUUUUUUUUUACAAUUGUCUAAAUAAAUUAGAAUGUCUUGGAAAAGUUGAUUUAUUUCAGUAAUUCAAAUUGUGAAACUUGUGUAUUAAAUAAAUUCAAUUCACACAGACAUUUAACACAAAAAAAAACAACAACAACAAAUUAGACUAUGGUGACAUAUAUGGCCAAUAAGCUAAUCAACUCAAAACACCUUCAAAGGUUUCCUGAGCCUUCAAAAUGGUUUCUCAGUUUGACUCACUAGGCUACACAAUCAUGGGAAAGACUGCUGAUCUGACAGUUGUCCAGAAAAAAAAAAAUCAUUGACACGCCAGAAACAUUCAUUGCCAAAGAAGCUGGCUGAUCACAGAGUGCUGUAUCCAAGCAUUUUAACAGAAAGUUGAGUGGAAGGAAAAAGUGUGGAAGAAAAAGUUGCACAAUCGACCGAGAGAACUGCAGCCUUAUGAGGAUUGUGAAGCAAAAUCGAUUCAAGAAUUUUGAACUUCACAAGAAUUGGACUGAGGCUGGGGUUAAGGCAACAAGAGCCACCACACACACACGUGUCAAGGAAUUUGCUGAACCACACACAACGUCAGAGGCGUCUUACCUGGGCUAAGGAGAAGAAGAACUGGACUGUUGCUCAGUGGUCCAAAGUCCUCUUUUCAUAUGAGAGCAAGUUUUAUAUUUCAUUUGGAAACCAAGGUCCUAGAGACUGGAGGAAGGCUGAAGAUGCUCAUAACCCAAGCUGAUGAAGUCCAGUGUUAAGUUUCCACAGUCUGUGAUGAUUUGGGGUACAGUCAGUGUCAUCUGCUGGUGUUGGUCCAUUGUGUUGUUUGAAAACCAAUUUUCACUGCACCCAUUUACCAAGACGUUUUGGAGCACUUCAUGCUUCCUUCUGCUGACCAGCUUUUUGAAGAUGCUGAUUUAAUUUUCCAGCAGGAUUUGGCACCUGCUCACACUGCCAAAAGCGCCAAAAGUUGGUUAAAUGACCAUGGUGUUGAUGUGCUUGACUGGCCAUCAAACUCACCGGACCUGAACAACAGAGAGAAUCUAUAAGGUAUUGUCAAGAGGGAAAUGUGAAACGAGAGACCAAAAAACGCAGAUGAGCUGAAGUUCACUGUCAAAGAAACCUUGGCUUCCAUACCACCUCAGCAGUGCCAAAAACUGAUCCCCUCCAUUCCACACCGAAAGCAAAAGGAGCCCCUACCAAGUAUUGAGUACAAGUACAGUAAAUUAGCAUACUUUCCAGAAGGUCAACAAUUUUAUUUUAUUUUAUUUUUUAUUGGUCUUAUGAAGUAUUCUAAUUUGUUGAGAUGGUGAAUUGGUGGGUUUUUGUUAAAUGUGAGCCAAAACCAUCACAAUUAAAACAAAAAGACUUCAGUCUUAAACAAAACUACUUCAGUCUGUGUGCAUUGAAUAUAUUUAAAACACGUGUUUCACAAUUUGAAUUGAAUUACUGACAUAAAUGAACUUUUCCACGACAUUCUAAUUUAUUUUUAUUUAUUUUUUUUUUCUCAUCUCACUCUGCAGUACACCAACAAGCACUCAUAUUAUGCAAUUACAAUCAUCCCAUCAAUCCAGUCUUUCAAAUCAGGAGAUUUGGGGAAUUCCCAAUUGAGCAAGAUCAUUCUGAUAGCUGUGAUCCAACCAAUCUUAAUACAUUUUUUGCUACAUUAGAAACAACUGAUUUAUCUCCAAGAACGCAUAAUUAUUGUUCUACAGGUAAAUUAAAGCCCAACCACUCCUUAAAAGUAUUCUCAAAAUGGUGAAUAAUAGUAUCUAUGCACUAUUUGGGCUUUCCUGUUCUUACCCACAUUAGAUGAAAUAUCCAGCCAGCCAGUCAUUAACAUGAAUAUUAAUUUCCAAAUCCUGCCAUAUUGUUUUAAGGUUAUUACGCGAUUCAAAUUUUCCGCUCUCCAACCAAAUUUAAAAGCUGUUGUUGGUUAAUGAAUAUUUGACUAAAGAACUUGCAUCUCGACUGGACUCUUGUCCAGUGGUGGCACGUCGGGGGGGGGCAGCUUU